AUGCCGCAUACAGGUCAAGCUGGUGUUAAUCAAUUGGGCGGCGUUUUUGUCAAUGGCCGACCACUGCCCGAUUGCGUGCGUCAUCGUAUCGUACAGUUAGCGCUUUGUGGUGUGCGUCCAUGCGAUAUAUCGCGACAAUUGUUGGUUUCACAUGGUUGCGUAUCAAAAAUACUAACGCGCUUCUAUGAAACAGGCUCCAUACGACCUGGCUCGAUUGGUGGCAGCAAAACUAAGCAAGUGGCCACACCCACCGUCGUUAAGAAGAUCAUCCGUUUGAAGGAGGAGAAUAGCGGCAUGUUCGCUUGGGAAAUCCGUGAGCAGCUGCAGCAGCAACGCAUAUGUGAUCCCUCUUCUGUGCCCUCCAUAAGCUCCAUAAAUCGCAUACUACGCAAUAGCGGUCUUUGGACCGAUGAGAUGACAUCGAGUCAGCAGAGUGCCGCUGCCGCAGCCGCUGCCGCCGCACAGCAAAUGUCGUCUGCCAGUUAUGCAACACAAGCGCAACUUUAUGCGAAUAGUGCCGCCGCUGCUGCAGCCGCUGCUGCUGCAGUGGGUAGUAGCAACUCCGCAGGCUGUCCGCCGCCAACUGCAGAUGGCGGCGUUGUACCUACGGGUACGCUGCUGCAUCGCGCAUCAUUAACACCACUCAGCACAGCCCAUCAUGCACACACUUCCACGCAUCUGACCGCUGCCAACGCGCAUCCACACAAUGCUGCACCACAUGCGCUCACUUUGCCCGCACAAUUUCGUUAUAGCUCUGCUGCAGCAGCUGCUGCCGCCGCCGCGGCGAUGUCAGCGAAUGAAAGCAACCGCGGCAAUAACGCCACAACAACACAGGACGCGCGUCUGCUGGCGUCUCCGGGCAGCGGUGUCGAGAUGCCUAUCAAGCCUGCACCGAAGCAUCCAGUCGCAGCACAUAUGACUGCACUGACGACCGCCGGUGGCAGCACAUCUGCGCUUGCACAACUCUCAGCCACCGUUUCAUCAGCGGUCUCCACUGGUCAUCUAAGUCCACAGGAUCUCUCGUAUGCAGCACUGCACAAGCAUUGGCUGUGGCACCCUUCGUUGCUCUACUAUUCCACUCAGCAUUCGCAAGCCGCCAACCAUUUUUUACCCUAUGCGCAGGCGCAAUGCCCACCGUAUUUCCAUGCUGCUAGUAGUGGUGGUGGCAGUAGUGUUAUUGGCGGCGCGCUUAGCACGGAGGGCACUAUCGAUUUGGUGGCGCACAGCGUUGGUGAUGCGCUUAGUGAUUGUGAUUCGGGCAAGUCUUCGCCGGCGACUUCGUUGAAUGCUGCACCUACGCACGCUGGCUCACUGAGUGGCGGCGAGUCGUCAGCGCAUGGUAAUGUCACCAAUUGUCGCAAGCGUAAUCCCUACUCCAUUGAGGAGCUGCUAAAGAAACCAGAGAAGCGCAUGCGUUUGCAGGCAGGUGGUAGUGCUCGGCAGGAUAAUGAAUCGAGCGCUAGCAGCAUUAGUUCGAGCGGCAGUAGUCGCAGUAGUUGUUGUGAUGAUAGCGGUGAUGAGACGCGUAGUCAACCAGCGGAAACGUUGGCGGCCGACGACUGCAAUGACAAUGUGGAGGUGGUGAAUUAG